AUGUUCAGGAGUGUCUCCCCGGCCCAGUCUACCACGUCGACAUCCGACAACGAGGAGGAAGAUUACAACAAGUCUGCUUACUUCGCCAGCUCGGAGACAUGCCUGAUCACACCGGCUCAAUGGUCUUCGGGCAGCCACCAUCUUAUCCCCAAUCCCACCGAACCUCCUCGCUCACCAGCAUCCCGCCUACCUCCUGAAAUCCUCAUACACAUCCUUAAGCACCUCCAUCUUCCCAGAGAUGUCUAUCAUGCUCUUCUGGUGUCUCGCACCUGGUGCCAGUGCUCCGUCGAGCUUCUUUGGCAUAGGCCCAACUUUUCUCGGCUAUCUACACUGCUCAAGGUCAUGCGAGUCCUGUCCAGACACGACCAAACAUUCCCCUACGCUACAUUUAUUCGUCGCCUCAAUUUCCUGUCCCUGGGCGGCGAGCUGUCCGACGCAGUGUUCUCCCGCCUCGCGCAAUGCGUGAGGCUGGAGCGUCUCACACUGAUCAACUGCAACGCCGUCUCCGACGACGGGCUUACGCGGGUCCUACCAUACUGCCCGAAUCUCGUUGCCCUCGACCUUACGGGAGUGACAGAAGUCACGGACACAUCCAUCGUGGCGCUGGCGUCAUCAACUAAGAAGCUACAGGGCAUCAACCUCGGUGGAUGCAAGAAACUGACGGAUGCAUCCGUGCUCGCGCUGGCUGCGAACUGCCCGUAUCUUAGGAGGGUGAAGCUCGGCAAUGUGGAGCUCAUCACAGAUGAGGCGGUCACGGCGCUAGCAAAGUCGUGUCCACUCCUCCUGGAGAUCGACCUCAACAACUGCAAGCUGAUUACAGAUACUUCAAUUCGCGAGGUCUGGACGCACUCGACGCAGAUGCGGGAGAUGCGGCUGUCGUAUUGCGUCGAGGUGACCGAUGCGGCAUUCCCGGCACCCCCAAGGCCGGAGGUAUUCAUCGCGCCAGUAAUCAACCCCUUCUCUUCCUCUACGAGCGCUGUAAUGGCGGAAAAACUCCCACCGCUACGCCUUUCCUCCCCAUUCGACCAUUUGCGUAUGCUAGACCUCACCGCCUGCUCACAAAUCACGGACGAUGCGAUUGAAGGCAUAACAUCCGUGGCCCCGAAGAUCCGUAACCUCGUUUUGGCGAAGUGCACGCAACUCACAGACCGAGCGGUGGAGAAUAUAUGUAAGCUCGGGAAGAAUUUGCACUACUUGCAUCUAGGUCAUGCAAGUGGCAUCACGGAUCGCUCAAUCAGAUGCCUGGCUCGUUCCUGUACACGUCUGAGAUAUAUCGACCUAGCCAAUUGUGUAGAGCUCACCGAUAUGUCCGUAUUUGAGCUCUCCAGCCUGCAGAAACUGCGUCGAAUUGGGCUUGUCCGUGUCGCGAAUCUCACCGACCAGGCUGUCUAUGCUUUAGGCGAACGACACGCCACCCUUGAACGCAUCCACCUUUCAUACUGCGACCAGAUCACCGUGCUCGCGAUACAUUUUCUGUUACAAAAACUACCGAAGCUCACUCACUUGAGUCUGACUGGAAUUCCUGCGUUUCGCAGGCCUGAACUGCAACAGUUCUGUAGGGAACCUCCUUCGGAGUUCAACACCUCUC